AUGUCUCAAAAGGUCUUCAUCGUUACCGGCGCCAGCAAGGGAUUGGGCGCAGCCAUUACCCAGCGACUGCUCGUCCAAUCUCACAAGGUUGUCGUUGUCGCAAGAUCUGAAGAGCCAUUGAAGGCACUCAAAAGAUCAUACCCUGACCAGGUGGAGUACGUCGCAGGCGAUAUGACAUAUACAACGAUUGCUGGCAGAAUCGUCGACGCUGCGGUCAAGGCCUUCGGCCAGGUUGAUGGCCUCAUUAUCAACCACAGCGUACUUUCUCCUCAGAGACUUGCAGAUGUCCCGCUUGAUCAAUUCCGACACAUUUACGACAUCAACGUUUUCAGCCAACUUGCAAUUGCACAAGCAGCCCUCGCCGAGAUAAGAAAGAGCAAAGGGACCAUCCUUUCGGUAUCGUCUGGCGCUGUGAACAUGUCCUUUGCCGCGUGGGGAUCCUACGCUUCUUCCAAGUCAGCCGUCAAUGCCCUCUCUGCUCAUCUUGCGGUCGAGGAGCCAGACAUCACCACCAUUGCCAUUGACCCAGGCCUGAUGGACACCGACAUGCAAGCUACGAUCCGCUCUGAAGGCAAAACCAGCAUGAGCCAAUCUCAGCACGACAUGUUUGUCGGAUUCCUUGAUCAAGGCGCUCUUAUGAAGCCAGAGCAGCCAGGCAAUGUGAUCGCCGCGUUCGUGGCUGAGCCUUCAAAGGAGCUCAGUGGCAGGUUCUUGUCGUACAGGAACCGCCCUUCCAAUUGCCGCGCGGGACCAGAAGCUGGGGGAAGCUGCAUCCUGCGUGUCGGCGAGAUAUCUGAUUACCUUACCAUGAAAAAGGCUGAGCAAGAUCAAACCUCCGACAAGGAGGGCAAGUUCGACAAGUGGGGAAGGUCUUUACAAAAGCAGUUUGGAAAGGGAGAAAUUGCGCUGAAACAUGCCAUCGGCCUUGGCCGCCAGCCGAAUGUUGUUCCCGUCACAUCCCCAGUCAUCGACGGACCGCCCCGCCCCGUCGAAGUUGGGUGGCAUCCUGUCGCGGGCCCUGCUGGGAAAUGGUUUGCUGAAGACACGAGUCUGGGCAAGAUUAUCACGCAGAAGGUCAAUGAGUACCCAGAUCCCACGCAGCACUGGGCCGUGCUCGUGGGUGACUAUGCCCAUCAGCUGUGGAUGGACGAAAACUUUCAUGUGAUAUAUAUCAAUGAAGAGUUCAAGCGCGAUGAAUGGAGAACAUUCAGAGUUGGGGACACGCGCUUCAACGAUGACGCAAUCCGUCGAACUGAGAGUAUCAGAGAGGCUCAGCCAGCAUAUAACGUCAUUACCAACAAUUGCCAGACAUAUGCAUUGCAGCUUCUCGACGCCAUCGAUGUCAGCGUGGAGAAAGAAUUCGGUACUACGCGCGCCGUAUUCGAGAGGAUGUUUGGCCGCGGUAAGGUUAUAGAUCUAUUCUCCGACACGGAGGCACCCCCGACGCAUGAGAGACCUGUCACGCCUGCGAAAUUGGCACGCUCAGACACGAUAUCAAUGGCCCAACAGGUGAUGAACGACAACACGGACCAAUUGGGCGUCGACGGGGAGUUGAAGCAGAGCAACAGGCAGAAAAGCAGGAACAGAGAAGCAUCUACUACACCGCCGGAUGGGUCAAAGGAGACAAAAAAGCCCAAACGCAAGAUGUUUUCCUUCUUCAAACGAAGUUAA